AUGGGAUCCAGAACCGCCUCGUCAUCCUCUCUCCCACACGUCCCGCCAGCAGGCGUGUGGUGCCCGGCGGUCACCUUCUUCGACCACGCAAGCGACACGGUCGACCUGGCGGCGCAGUCGCGGUACUUUGCGUACCUAGCGCAGUCUGGGCUGACGGGCAUCGUGGUGCUCGGCACCAACUCCGAGGCGUUCCUGCUGACGCGCGAGGAGCGGGCGCAAGUGAUCCGGGCGGCGCGGGCGGCUGUGGGACCCGGGUACCCGCUGAUGGCGGGCGUGGGCGCGCACUCGACCAAGCAGACGCUCGAGCUGGCGCGCGACGCCAAGGACGCGGGCGCCGACUACCUGCUCGUGCUGCCGCCCGCCUACUUCGGCAAGGCGACGACCAUGGGCGUCGUCAAGACCUUCUUCGCCGAGGUCGCGGCCAAGGCGCCGCUGCCCGUCGUCGUCUACAACUUCCCGGGCGUCUGCAACGGCGUCGACAUCGACUCGGAGACCAUCACGGCCAUCGUGCGCGCCAGCGCCGCCGCCAGCCCGUCCGGCCGCUCUAACGUCGUUGGCGUCAAGCUGACGUGCGGCUCCGUCGCUAAGAUCACCCGCCUAGCCGCCACCUUCAGCCCCGACGAGUUCGCGACCUUUGGCGGCCAGGCAGACUUCCUGAUCGGUGGCCUGGCUGCCGGCAGCGCGGGUUGCAUCGGUGCCUUUGCCAACGUUUUCCCCCGGACCACGGUGAAGGUCUACGAACUAUACAAGCAGGGACGGGUCGAGGAGGCCAUGAAGCUGCAGAAGAAGACGUCGUUGGCCGAGAGCCCGUGCAAGAGCGGCAUUGCGGCGACCAAGUACGCCGUGGCGCGGUACUCGGCCAGGCUGGCGGGCAUUGAAGGUGCGGUGGAGAAGCUGAAGCCCAGAGCCCCGUAUGACGAAGUCGGACCGGCGGCAAAGAAGGCGGUUGAGGAGAUCAUGGCCGAGGUCGGAAAGAUUGAACAGGCUUCGCAGGCUGGACAGAGCAGAAGCAUCUGGACACUUGCGGAUUUCGUUUCCUUUAUCAGCACUGCCGCGUGGACAUCCAGGCAGUCUAGGAUGCCCGAAGGUCCAGCGGACCCAGGAAAUGCCAGAGGUCGAGUUACAAAGCGACGCUCCUGCAACGCUUGCGUGAGAUGCCGCCGCCAGAAGAUCAAAUGCUCCGGCUCGCAGCCCUGUGAAGCUUGUAGCAAACGCAAACUAUCCUGCGAUUUUGACGAACGGGACCAAAAAAUCCUCGUCACCCGAGGGUAUAUUAUUGACCUGGAGCGCAAGAUCGAAGCCUGGAAGCGCCGUAGUGGUGCAGAAUGUGGCACCCCCGCCUCCGUGUGUGCCAGCCAAGAUCCCGAUGGAGCAUCCGACGGUGCCGAUUCCGACGACGGGUCUGAAGGAGCAAACGAGUCUGUAGCUGCCCCGGUAAAUGAUCAAAGCACCCGCUCCGGCUCGCGUUCCGAUCUCGUGGCCUCUACUUUGACAAAUCCGCUAUCCACCGGCCCUUCCACUUUCAUGGCAGCCAGCGAUGGGAGAACAUUCUAUCUCGGAACCUCGUCGAAUUGGUCAUUCACUCGCCGCCUUCUGUGCAUGACACACCAAUACGUACACCAGACCUGCGUCCCCAACACAACUCUUCUCUUCGAUGGAGCGGCAUACGACCUGAAUUGGAACGACCGUCGGACGGCAGCAGAUCUGGAGACUCCUUCCCUACCAACACUCGACUACGCCAUCUACCUAAUCAAUGCUGUCAAGUUCCACUGUGGACAAAUGUUCCAUCUGUUCGACGAGAUGUCCUUUAUGGACAGUUUAUACGACUUCUAUUCGGAUCCUACCCACAAGAUUGCCGAGGCCGAUCUAUGGUACAUCCACUUUUUAAUUAUCCUUGCUUUUGGUAAAGCAUUCACCACUCAGAGGAACCAAGGAAAGCGGCCCCCUGGUACCGAUUACUUUGUAAAAGCCGUCCAACUGCUACCGAAUACAAUCGUACUGGAGAGACGGCCGUUGGUCUCCACGGAAAUUCUCUGUUCCAUUUCUUUGUACCUCCAGUGCUUGGACUACCGAGAUGCGGCGCACAACUAUAUUGGACAAGCCAUGAGGAUUGCACUCUGCCAUGGCAUGCACACCGAUAUGCCAUCCAUCCACGACGACGACGUUCAUCCCGAUCUUCCAACUUUCUCAGGCUCCAUCCAGAGGACUGCAGCCCUCAGCAUGCAAAUCAAGCUGUCUCGGGCUAUCGCCCGUAUCAACAGGGGCGUCUACGGGGCCGAUGGCCGGCUCAACAGCAAGUUUCUGCUCAGCACAAAGGAGGUCCUCGCCAGCAUCGCACAUCUUGCCGACGAACUUCGGGAUUCAUUCCCACUACAAUUGGGCAACGCUAUCAGCGGAAUUUCGCGGACAUACGCUUACUUACAUCUACUCUAUCAUCAAUGCAUCGUUCUUGCAACACGGCCACUAUUGUUUUGUUUCCUGAAGAUCCGCUUUGAGAGUUCAGGAUCAGACCGGAUCACCCUACAUUCCUCCCAGACCACCUUGAACUUGGCGAAGAUGUGUAUGGAUUCUUCUCAGCAAAUGAUCAGCAUCCUGAGCUGCGUUAGAGCGCAGCAUUUGUUGGAAACUUUUCUACCCUUCGACCUCGAGGCCAUCUCUGUAUCGACGGUAAACAUCCUACUGGCUCCUUCACUUGACCCGCAGCUGGUUGGCAACCGUGCGACGUGGCUGGACAAAGCAUACGCAAUCUUCGAUGAGAUGGCCGGAGCUGGAAAUGUGGUUGCCGAGUAUCGGAUUGUCGAGCUGCGGAAGCUAGACAGCAUGCUCUGUCAGCUGUCGCAGAUGCAUUCUCGUCGCGCGUCCAAUUCCUUCAACCCUCAGCAGGACGCGCUUCAGGGUCACCCGCCGCCCGAAGUGCAGCUCGGGGCUUCCAUGCAGCAGGCAGCGGCACAGUGUGUUGGAGGCAACAUUUUACCUUCUCCCAUUUCUGGCAUCCUUGAUGAAAUAUGCUUCGACGGUGGUUUGGCGGGUGCCCAAAUUAUGGACACGGUAAAUGCGAUUGACAGCGGAGAUAACGAGUGGAUGUCUCAUGAAAUUCUAGAGCACAGCAUCUGGUAG